CCGGGGAGGAGAACUACUGCAGGAGAAGGGUUGCUUCGUCAAGGGGAGGAGAAAUGGUGAAGGGGAUUUUCUAAAAGGGGAUAUAAAGAGCAACAGAGAGAACAAGCGCGGUUUGGAUGCCGAUUGUUGCCGAUUGUUCACAACUGCGACGUACUUCCUGCUAACUACCAAUUUGUUUCGCUGCGAGGACAAGGAGAAGUCCGCGACCGACCACAGAGAUCAUCAUGUCACCACCCAGACCCUCGCCGUUGCGGGAAGCACACGAUGGCUCGUCAUCGCAGCGCAGCGACAGCCUGCGCUCCUCCUUGUCGGCCUCCUCCCUCUAUCAACCCAUGAUGCCCCCCAUAGCUGAGCACGAGACACACCACAGCAACCGCUACUCUCAGGUCUACAACCGGAAUAUCAUAUGGCCACAGCCAGGCACCCCUCUCCGCGUACCGAGAAAGUCGCCUCGAAGGGCGCUGGCGAGGAGUCAGGCCCUGGCGGCGGCCGCGGCCGCGAGAGCAGCCGAGGGAUCGAUAGGGGAGAAGGAUAGCAACUGCAUGCCGCCUCCGCCGUACGGGAAUACUUCGCCACCACGAUAUGGCGAGGAUGUCAAGGGGGCGGCUGCAGCUGGAGGACCAGCUGGCGAGGAGAAGAGUAGCUGGAGAGAGAGACAGUGGUUCGGCCGGCGAAGGACAAGAUGGUGUCUCUCCGGACUGUUGAUCAUGAUACUUCUUGGGUUGAUUGUCGGCUUGUCCGUUGGGCUCACCUUGGGCCGGAAGAAUGGGGGCGGCAGCUCAAAGAGCGACGGAUCUACCCCAGAGCCAUCGAAACCGGUGUUCCCCGAGGGAUCGUACUCCUUCGAGACCACCCUCCAGCGCCAGGCGACGUCCUGCACAUCUCGCGAGUCGACGUGGCGAUGCUACCCGUACAAAUCCGGGUCGAACGCGACCUUUUUCUGGAUCCUGUCGACCUCAGAGGAUAAUGACCUUGUGGUCACGUCGUCCGAGAAUCCCUUUGCGCCCACCUUUGCCAAUCUGACGACCAAGCUGGAGGACAAGGGGUCCGCCAACGAGAGGGUCACCUUUGAGUUCGACAUGGAGAGGACAAUCGUGCCCAGCGACGCUCUCACCUCGGCGAACCGCGCGGCCAAGUGCACGUUUCUCGAUACGAAAUUCCAGGCUACGCUGUGGACGCGACGGGGCGUGACGGGCAACCCGGACGCCCAGGCCAGCGACAAGUUCCACGCGUGGCCGGGCGACGUCGAGAUCACGCAGACGAAGAAGGCGGUGCUGGGCCAACCCGAGUGCGUGGACGACAGCGGCGUCAAGAUUGCCGAUGUGCAAGCCGGCAGUGGGGAUUGCGUGUGCGACUAUGCGAACUUUGAGCUUUGAUUGACUUGGGACUGGAUAUUUGAAACGACAUGAUACCACGGAGGGACGGGAGGAGUAAUCUUUGUUUUCAGGUAAACGGGCAAUAAAUAGUAUACGCUAAUAGUUCUAAUGCGAUGAGA